AUCUUCCCUGUUCCAGCGAGGAGCGGUGUGCCUGUAGCUCACAGGGGCGCAGAUGGACGCCCCACAAGCUUAAUUUCCUCAUUUGUUGGACCAGUGCAGCUGUUUGUGUGAAAACAAGAGCACGUUAAGAUGGGCGUUGGGGAUUACUUCUGCGUGACACUGAGUGGAGGGGCACCAUGGGGCUUCAGGCUGCAAGGUGGGAAGGAUCUGAAACAGCCUGUACAAAUCUCCAGGGUUCGAAAAAAAAGCAAAGCUUGUCGAGCUGGACUGCGUGAGGGAGAUGAGGUGGUGGCCAUUAAUGGUGAACCGUGUUGUGAUUUUACACACUCCGAGGUCAUAAGCAUUAUAGAUGAUGUGAAAGAUAAUCUCCAACUACUCAUCAAAAGGCUGUCAAAUGAUGUAGAUGAAACGGUGAAACCAGAACCAGAAGAAGAAGCAGUAGGUGUAGAGGUGUCUGAUGAGCUGCAGAGUGCAGACCACCUGGAGAGCACCACCCUGGAAAUUAGACCACCUGUUAAGCAGGUAGAGACAGAACUUUUUAUUUCGGAGUCACAGGAUGAAGCAUACUAUGCAGAGAUCGAGAUUAACACAGAUGCAGUUGGAGUCCAUCAUCAGAAGCCCAGCAGCCUUUUUGGGAGUUUGUCUCCAGAAAAGAGAGUCAGUCCACAACAGCAGUUUCAAGAAGAGGCUUCAUUUGAAAGCUUCACAGAAGGAAUCAGAAAAGGGGAUACAGUUGAGUUGCAAGUGUCUCUCUCUCAUGACAAGGCAGUGAGCCCUGAAGCAUCUGCUUCCUUAGUUUUAGAAGCUGAAAGAAACAGUUCUUUUAGAGAAGAGCCUGGGUUCCAGUGCAAUGAAGUUGUUCAGGAGCAAACACCAGACACUUCCCUGUGUUCUAGAGCUGAGGCUGUCCAGCAAUCAACCAAAGUUAUCCAAAUCAGUAAUAGCAAACAGAGCUUCAUAAUUCAUAGCAUAAAUAACGAGGACACCUCUCUACCCAAAGUGGAGGUUAUACUGGACUUCUCCAACAAACAGAAGGAAACCUCCAGAGCUGACACAGAAAGUGGGUGUGACAAAUCCCUUGAAGAAGGAGGGCAGACAGAGGCUGCUCCUCCCACAGCCUCCUUUGGAGUCUCAUCAGAAUGCACAGAGCAGGGAGAAGACGAGCAGCUCUUAGAAAAGGAUCACAUCCGACCCCACAGGCACAGGGCAAGGCACUCCAGACUCAGACGCAGUCAGAGUCUGUCCGAGAAACAAGUGAAAGAAGCCAAAACAAAAUGCAAAAGCAUUGCCCUGCUGCUGACACAGGCAAAUAAUCCCAACUCCAAGGGGGUGUUGAUGUUUAAGAAGCGUCGCCAAAGAGCAAAGAAGUAUACGUUGGUCAGCUACGGAACCGGAGAACUUGAACCCGAAGAGGAAGACGGCGACGAAGAGAAUACCUUUGAAGUGACUUUACUUGGAACAAGCGAUUCAGAAUUAGACGAAGAUUUCUUUUCUAAUGGUGAGAACGAUACCCAAGUUGUAACAUUUGAUUGGGAUUUAGGAUUCAUGAAAGUUGAAAACAAGACAAAAAGUGAGGACGAUAUGCAAACCUUGCAAGAGACCAAGGGCAAAGGAGCACUGCUGUUUGCUAAAAGGAGGCAAAGGAUAGAGCAACUUGCAGCAGAGCAAGAAGAAACAAGAAGAUGCGUAGUUGAGAGGGAUGAACCAAGAGAAGCUGACACAGCAGAAAGCAUGAAAGUGCAAAGUUCUUUUCAAGUAGCAAAUAGUUACAGCUCAGAAUCAGCAAUUAGGUCUCACGCCUACAUUGAUGUAGGUCAGCAACAAGGUUAUGUUUCUGGGAUUCAAAAUGGAAUUGCUGGGAACUCAGAGACUAUUGCUGACUGCACAUUUCAGUCCACAGACAGCCAGAAGUCUACAGUGUUGAACCGAAUGGCUAGGCCAUUUUUUGGAGUACAAAACCAAACAGCAGCACCAUUUUCACCAACUCAAAAUGUAACCAUUCCACAUUCAGACCUUCCUGCUCCUCAUGUUUACUCACCUGUUAAACCUUCAGUUGAUGCUGUUUAUAGAGUUGCAUCACCUCCAAACCAAUCUCAGCCAGCUGUAUGGUCACCAGGAGGAGUAGUAGAACAGAUAGCAUCCAGAGACGAGCGAAUCUCUGUUCCUGCUAAAAGAACUGGAAUUCUGCAGGAUGCUAAAAGAAGAAGUACAAAGCCAAUGUUUACCUUUAAAGAACCACCAAAGGUAGCCCCAAAUCCUGAUUUAUUGUCUUUGGUGCAAAAUAAAGAAAUUAAACGUGGCCAGCCUGGUGCUGGUGGUUUUGAGUCAGGCCCUGAAGAAGACUAUCUUAGUUUAGGAGCUGAGGCUUGUAAUUUCAUGCAGAAGCCAGCAGCAAAACAAAAGACUCCUCCUCCUGUUGCUCCAAAGCCAUCAGUUAAAACAUCUCCCACAGGAAUGAGUCCACAGUCCCCACCCUGGUCACCUUCAGCUGAUCUCCCUGUCCAGACUCCUACUUUUUCAUCUAAACUCACUUCUCAAGAGCCAGUUCCUGGAAAAGUUUAUUCAGGCCAGACUGCAAACUCCUGGCAGCCACCUUCAAGUGCUCCUCACCAAGCUAGUGUUAUUACAGGGCCUCAGGCACUGUCAUCAGGCCAGGCAUAUAUCUACAAAACACCACCUACAGCUCCAGUUUUGAACACAGCUCCUGCGGGAGGAAUAGGACCCGCAUAUGAGAUGCCUGCAUUAAAGGGCAAGGGAGCUGAAUUAUUUGCAAAGAGACAGUCUCGAAUGGAAAAAUUUGUUGUAGAUUCUUCUACUGUGCAGAGCAAUAAACCACGCAGUCCAUCUCCAACAGCAUCCCUACCACCUUCUUGGAAGUAUUCACCCAAUGUCAGAGCACCUCCACCUGUAUCUUAUAACCCAAUUCAUUCACCAUUCUACCCGCUAGCAGCAACAAAACAACAUGCUAAGUCUUCACCAUCUGGUACCAAGGCCAAAGGUGCCAAAGGAAAAGGACCUAGCAAAGCUCUCCAUGCUUUGGAUGUUAUGAAGUAUCAACCAUAUCAGCUUAGCUCAUCAUUGUUUACCUAUCAGCCUAUAAGUGACACCGAUGUGCCUUCACCUAAGGGAGCACACCUUCCGAAGCAACCUGUAAAAUCUGACCCCGUACCUCCUGUGAAACCAGCUCAACCUUCUCGACAAGUCAAUACUAAUCAUCCAGGCAUGUUUGAAGGUCAGUCACUUCCUACAGGACCAGCCUAUAGGCAGUCUUCAGUGGCACCCCCUGUAAGGGAUGCUUUAUAUCCAUCAUAUAUAGAUGCUACUUCGGAUGAAUCCUACGUAGUUCAGAGCCAACCUCCAUUUUCCCAGCAGGAACCUGUUAUCUCUUCUUUGAUUACAACUCCAAAACCGAAGUUCUCAGCCAGGAAGGCUGGUGUCUCAGCCCAGGUACAGCAAAAUGUUAAUUACUCUACACCUUCCCAGACAAUGUGUGUUUACCAGACCCUACCUUUUACACCGUCUGCAACAUUUCAGCCAUUGAGGAGAGAGACAGAAACAUCAACCCUUCUGCCACAUAAGAGUACCAAACCACUGACUCCAUGGGAAGCAGCAUCAAGAUCGCCUCUUGGUCUAGUUGAUGAAGCUUUUGAAGCCAGAAAUAUUCAAGAAACCAUUGCAGCAAAUGUGGUUUCAGCAGCUCGUAGAAAAACAUUGCCAGAACCACCAAAUGAGUGGACAGAGAGAGUGUCCUACACACCUCCAACAGGAACCGGUUUUUCUACCCAGAGUUUGUUAAUGGCAAGACAACAGCCUAGCCUUAUGUCCCCAGCAAAGAGCACAGUAUCUGCUCCAGGUUCAGUACAGCAGAGUGGCCUUUAUGCAAAGUGGCCACUUUACUCACACCGAGCCAUGACAGAACCAGAUAUGGUGUCACUGGGUUCAGGAUCAGAUCACAGUAGUUCAAAGCCUGAUCGAAACUACAAUCCAUACCCUAGGGGGUGGAGACGACAGACAUGAAGCUAUCUUUUCACAAGCAUAUUUGCUGCUUUCUUGUUGCCUCAAUUUUCAUACUUGUGCCAUGAAUCAAAACAGAGUUGUGUUGUACUGAAAUUUCUUCUUAAUCUGUAACAAUUUAAGAACAACCAGCUGGGCCUUAAUGUCUGAAUGUUUAAUGUUGUGUGUGCGUUUUGCUCUGUCUACCCUCCUUCUCUCUGCAGUCACUUUGAGUUUCAAAUAAACAGCAUUAAAAAGGGAAGUAAAAAUGAUGACAGCCACAUAAACUCACCCUGGAGGCAGAUAAGUAUCAUAAAGUGCCAAGUUUCAUUACGAUUUACACUAUUUUUUAUUUUUUAUUUUACAUUUGUUAACUAGGGGUGUCUGAGCCGAAAAGGUCCUUUUUCAGCAGAGGCCCGGGGAGAAAAGCAACACAUAGAAAGAUUACAGAUACAUUUACAUAUUUAGACAUGAUCAGUACACACACAUAUUACAAUUGAUAUGUUUUUACAGUGGUAUGUAGCACAUCAACAGUUACAGUGGAGAGAACAAACAAGAAAAUAUGAAUUUAAAAAUAAAGGCAAUUAAUAGAUUUGUGGUGUAGAGCUGAAAUUUGGAACAUAGGUAGAAUACAUACAUAGUACACAGGUACUAAGCAACAAAUAUAUGAUGCAACCGAAAUAAGAAAGCAUGGCAUGAACUUAAUGUUUACACUAAGUUCUGCAUAACUUGAUGAAACUAAUUUUGCCAGAAAUCACACAAUAUUUUUAUAUAUGUGUCAAGUUAUUUUAUACUUCCUCAUAAUGCAGAGCUAGUGCUACCCUACAGCAAAGGCAGUGUACAGCAGAGUGUAGCUUAUGAGAGUCUGAAUCCAAAAGGUGAUAUUUUGGACUCAGUUUGAUAUUACUUGUACAGUAAUAUACAUUAUUCUUUUGCAUUUGCACUGCUAUCUAUGCUUUGAGUCAGCAUUGGAAUGAAUUAUUGUUUUGUUCAAAUUUCUAAAUGUAACUCACAAUGUACCUUAAGACCAAGGACACCACAUCUUUUAGCUCAUAUAGUUCUUGUUCUCUGUCUUUUGUUGUAUAACUCAGUAGCAAAGUCUGUACAGAAAAUAGAAGCUAUAUUUUUGUCUUGUGUAUGUAUGUAUGAAUGCAGUCUACACACUGGCAAGUACAACAUAAAACACACACACCCCCCCCCCCCACACACACACACACACACACACACACACACACACACACACACACACACACACACAAACACAAACACACACGCACAUAUAUGCUGUUUUUGUAUUUUUUCCACUCGUCCUCCAUUUAAGUCUACACAUUUUAUUAUUUGCAGGACAUUACAUGCCUUUCAAAAGUAUAAUCCCAUUGCAUUUUGACAUGAAGUUCCAGGUUGCUACUGGGAGACCUGAAUUUGAUUGAUGGCAUAACGGCAAUCAUUCUUGGAAAUCCAGCGGUAGUGUAGUUCUCUGCUGUUGGACCACACACUGCAUUUAGUAUGCUAGGAGAUAGAGAGUACUAUAUAAGAAGAAACUUGCAGUGGCAAUGAAAACUGUAAAAUAGAUGUGGACUAUGAAAAGGAAAUGCUACCUAUUAAAGACUUUUACUGACAUUUGUCACAUAUCUUAAAAAUAAACAUGGACUAUCCAAAGAGUAUGCUACACACCAGAUUUUUUUACAGAUCCCUUUCACAUAUCAAUUAUGUAGCACACAUAGCAGCAGCGAAUUUGAAAAGUGAUAAACACAGGACUGCCAUCUGAAUCUAGCUAACUCUUUAUAACCUAGUGACACCCCCAGGCGUUUCUGCAGUUACACACUACUGACCCUUCUAGGCUCAAAUAUUGCCUGUUCAUAUUUGCAUUAAUAAUUCCAAAAUCGUGCUACAUACAAGGUAUAAGAUUUCACCUUAAAGUUUACAUGAUAGCAAACACAACCACAUUGAUAUACGGCCUCUGUCUAGUGUAGCUAAAAAGAUAUUGAAUAUUAUUUUAUACUAUUUAAUUCUGUUGUAAUAAUUUUCACAUUUUUGAAAUAUUUCAGUGAUAAAAUGACACAGACAGAA